CUUCAGUGAUUUUACUUCUCCUUAUGGCAGAUCGAGACAUCUCCGAACGAGAAUCAGCUGCCGCUCGAGAGGCAGUCGUCAACGCUGCUCGCCGAGUCGAAGAGUCUAUCGGGUCAAGGUCGAGAAGGGCGUCUCAUUCUUCGGUCCCCGCCGCCUCCUUUACCGCCACAAGCAACAACAACAACGACGAUGAUGCCAACAACGACAAUACCAACAACACUACUGAUAUUGCCAACUCUAGCCCCUCAAACGUUCAGGGAGGCGCAAACAACGGCAUCGAGCAUGCCGCUAACGAGAGUCGUGAGGAGGCUCCCAUCGACAACGCCAACGAGGCUGAUGGGGACCCUCUUAAUGCUGGUCUCACCUCCUCGUCUCUUCAUGACAAGCUGUGGGAUAGGGAGGUGAUCCAGGUCAUCCACAACCUCACCAGCGGGGGAGGUCGUCCUUCCAACAGUGAGAAGCAACAGCCGGUGGUGACGUUAGCCGAUCUCUUCAAAAAGUCACCUCACCUAAGGGGCAUCUCCUACGACUUGCACCCCUCUGACCGCUAUAUUCAAGAAGUCUGCUGGGCACCACCUGGUGUGGCAAGAACUGUGCAUCUAUUGACGACACCACUCCGCAAGUUCGCCUCUGAGAACGAGAAGGUCGAUGAAGAUAACCUAUUGAUGUCGGAUAUGGUGGUCUGUCUGAUGCGUUGGGCCUUCUCGACAGCCCUGCUAUCAACCUACUUUCCCGACUCCCCCACUGUCGAGAUAAGUUGGCUUAUGAGCCAUCUCACCAACACCAUGUUCGCAGUCAACUCGCUUUCCUUCUCCUCUCGUCAGGGCGGUCCUGUAGCUGGAUUAUUCUAUCAUCGCAAGACCUGCAACAGAGUCGCCGAGGCGCUUCGACGAGGGGGAGACCCGGCCAAUGAACUAAGACUCCUCUCGGACUUCUCCGAAAACGAUGCUCUGAGGGCCUGCAACGACGCCAUAAGCCACAAGGAGAAGAAGAAGAAGUCGUGGUGGGGCUCAAACGCUGGUUAUCGUAAUAGUUACAGUGGGAAGAGGCCUCGUAAAGAAGCCGACAAGACGAAGGGACCCCCCAAGUGAGCACCCCACCUCACCCUCCUCACCUCACCAGUUCGUACUCGCGAGUGCGUUGUUCCCGGUGGAUACUCCUCUUCUUUCCCUAC